AAAUCAAACAAUUAAAACAGCAAGAGAUAGAGAUUGAAGACAUUGGUUCCUUUCUUUCUUUAUUUCCAAUCUUCGUUUUCUUUUUCCUUUUUUCUUCUUUUAUUCUUUAGAGAGUAGAUAUUGGUUUUUGCUAUUGAUUUUCACCAAUUAUGUUAGGCUGUGAGCAAUGAAUGAAGACACCCUCCACUUGUAAUUGCAAUAUUUACUACAAUUUCCCUUCUUUAUACAUCUUUAUGAUCCCUUGUUUCCCACAAUAAAUACAUUUCCUGCCUCAAUUUAUACUCUUCUUCCACUAAUCCUUCAAUUCCAUUCAAUCCUCUCCCUCUCUCUCUCUCUCUCUCUCUCUCUCUCUCAAUAACAAUAAAAACCCACUUCCAAUUUCCUAUAUAAUGGCGUUGGAGGUGCAACAGCAAGAACAACAACAUCGAGCUACAACUAGCACUAGUUGUAGAAGCAAAACCCCCUUUGACAACCAAGGAGGUGAUUUCCUCUAUCCAUCAUCAGCAGUCGCCGCCCUCCACCGAGCCAUCCCCACCACCCUUGAUUUGUUCCACUCAAAGCUUGCCUCUUCCCCCAUCGAAUUAGACGAGCCCUUGCCUCUUCCUUUUGGUUGGCAGAAGUGUCUCGAUCUUAAGACGGGUGCCAUCUACUAUACUAAGGAAGCCGCUGAGAUGAGUUCCAAUGGAAAAAAUGCAAAGCUGGACUUGAAGCUGAACCUAUCCCCACCGCAGUGGGCCAGCCACCAGAUUAUGGAAUCGCCCAACUCAUCGUCAUCUUCAAUAUCAUCACCAAGCUCAUGCAUGUCGUCAGAGCUUAACCUGGGUUCAGAGGCCGAGAUGGCUAAGUAUCCAAGCAGCCCUGAAGAGACUACAUCGAUGGUCCUUGUCGGGUGCCCGCGUUGUCUCAUGUAUGUUAUGCUAUCUGAAGAAGACCCAAAAUGCCCGAAAUGCAAGAGCACAGUUCUCCUCGAUUUCCACCGUGGCAAUAGUAGCAACCGCAACAAUAGCAACAACAACAGCAAUAAAAUUAGAAAGAAUUAGCUACUACAGCUAUGUCAACAACAACAACAACAACAACAACAAAACGAGGAAGAACUAGUUGCUACAGCUGUCUUCUUUUUUUAUUCUUUUUCUUUUGGCUUUAUGAGAAGAAAUAUAGACAUGGUAGGUCAGCUAGCUGGUUAACUGUAACAGCCCAAAUUCUACUAUCAAACGGUUAACUUCCUUUCA